AUGGGUUCGGUGUCUAACCAGGAGUUCCCAGGAGUGUGUAAAACCGAGGAAGAUGAGGGACCGAGCACGGAGGAGGAUUCGCAGUCUUUCCACGGAGUCGGCGUGUGCAAGUGGUUCAACGUCCGCAUGGGCUUCGGCUUCCUGUCCAUGAGCGGCCGGGAGGGCGUCCAGCUGGACGAACCGGUCGAUGUGUUCGUCCACCAGAGCAAGUUGCACAUGGAAGGCUUCCGCAGUCUGAAGGAGGGCGAAGCAGUCGAGUUUACCUUCAAAAAGUCAUCAAAGGGCUUGGAGUCGCUGCGAGUUACCGGCCCAGGUGGCACCCACUGUGUGGGCAGUGAGCGGAGACCCAAGGGCAAGAAGGUCCAAAAGUGGCGUUCAAAGGGAGACAGGUGCUACAACUGCGGAGGCCUGGAUCACCAUGCCAAAGAGUGCAAAUUGCCACCCCAGCCCAAGAAGUGCCACUUCUGCCAGAGUAUUGACCACAUGGUUGCUAGCUGCCCAAUCAAAGCACAACAGCAGUCCUCACCGGCUUCUCAGGGAAAACCCUCCCCCUUGAAAGCAGACGAGGGGGAGCACAGCCACUCAGCGCCACCCGCCGACACUUCUGAGUAA